UGCCUUGAACCUUUAGAAGACAGAAAUCCUUCUGCUGCUCACUUGCCUUUUUGCAGUUCUUACUUUCUCUCUUACCGUUUCUCUCAGCUUCCCAUCUGUAUGCUAUUUGGGCCUGGCUCAGGGGAGAGGCAAUCCCACAAGGGGAGAGAAAUCAGGCAGGGAGGGAGGAGAGGGAAGAGAGGAAGUCCACAAGAGUUAGUUUAACUGGAUUCAGCAAGGGCCAGGCAAGGGGGCAGUGCUGAAUCUGGACCUUAGGAGGAGCGGAAAAGUUAAGUGAACGGGUGAAGAAGCCCAGAGGACACUGCUUGUGACAGAGACGGAGAGGGGGAGAUCGUUGGGCAAACACAAAUAUGGCUACUAAAUCCCUGUCCUUGCUCUGCGUUGUCUCCAUCCUCUCAGGGAUUGUUUGCACAACUUCUGCCACCAGGUUUGGGGAGCAGCAACUCACUGUACUUCAAGUGUGUGCCAAGGGUUAUUUCCUCAGUGAACAAAGCGUAUGCCUUCCAUGUAACUGUAAGGGCCACGCUGACUACUGCAAUGACAUCACUGGUGUUUGCAUUAACUGCAGGAACCACAGCACAGGAGAUUUUUGUGAAAUGUGUGAAGAUGGCUACAUCCUGAGCUCCAGUCAGGAUGGGCAACAUGCCUGUAUACCCUGUUCCUGCCCCCUCCCUACCGAAUCUAACAACUUUGCUGUGUACUGCAAAAAAGGAGUCGGCAGUCUGCAGUGCAAGUGCAAACAGGGCUACGCUGGAAAUCACUGUGAGAGGUGUGCUCCAGGUUACUAUGGAAACCCAAUGCUUAUCGGUUCAUCCUGUAAGAGGUGUGACUGUAACGGCAACACUGACCCUAACCUAAUCUUUAACGAGUGCCACAACAUGACAGGACGCUGCCAGCACUGCUGGGGAAACACAGCUGGUGACAACUGUGAGAGGUGCGCCCCUGGUUUCUACGGCGACGCCAUCAGCGCCAAGAACUGCAAAGAGUGCAAGUGCAACAAAUGCGGCACCUCCUCAUGUGACGACAGGACAGGGGUGUGUCACUGCAAGCCAGGAGUCAAAGGACGCUUCUGUGACCAAUGUGAGGAGGGUUACUUUGGAUUCUCCAGCUGUCAGGGCUGCAGGAGGUGUGAAUGUGGGCCAGCGUCCCUUCGUUCAACCUGCCAUCCACUUACUCACAGCUGUUCUUGCCGCCCGGGGGCUGGAGGUCGUUACUGUGAGCGCUGCCUCCCAGGGUACUGGGAUUACAGUCCCUCCGGCUGCCAGAAGUGUGACUGUGAGAGCGGCCACUGUAACAUGCAUACAGGAGAAUGCCUGGCAGAGGCUGCAGUCAAUCUCUGCAACAACAGUUGUGAUGACUGCAUCUGGCAGCUGAUUGGAGAUUUAAGGUUGUCUAAUAAGACCCUGGAUCAGCUGAAGGUCGGAGUGCUGAACAUCUCCACUGGUGCUGCGGCUAACGACAGGAUCAAAUACUACAACUAUACCGCUCAUCAACUCCAGAGGCACUUUCAUGUCUGGAGAAACAAGUCAUCUGUGAUAAGACGACGGACUGAAGAGCUGGAUGAGGCUGCAGACAACGUGCUUUUGGACAUGAAAGACCUCAGAGACCAGGGAAACCUGGUGAAGAGAUUAGGGAAUCAGCUGGACACAGAGUCCAUGGAGACGUUGACCUUGGCUGAGCAGCUCAGCAAUAAUCUCACAGACCUCAGCCAGCGUAUCGAAGAUAUGAUCCAUGACUGGGAACUGUACAAUAUCCAGCAGGAUAUGGAUCCAGAGGAGGUCAGACGUAGCACAGAGAUGGCCCAAGAGAUGAUAUCGUGGAUCAGACAGCUGGACUUGUCCACACAGGAGCCCAUUGCCAGGAAUGAAGCAACAAAGGCCCAUGAAUUGCUGGCGCGUAUUCGCCAAAUGGAGAAGAAGCUGAUGAUCACAGAGAACCGCCUGCCUUCAAUCAGAGAGAUCCUGUCCCGUUUCUCCAGUCGACUCUCGGAGGCUGAGAAAUUUCUCCUUGAUGCAGCUGGAACUGUGCAGGAAGCAGAGGACAAGAACAAAGCCAGCCUGCUCAAGUUCCAAAGGAAGGAGGAAAAACAGCAGAGGCUGACGGAGGACCAGCUGGCUGUAAACGACACCCUGGAGACGAGCAGAGUUUUCAUCUCUGAAGCUGAGAGGACCGUAGCUGAGGUGGACGCUUUGACACAGAGUGUGAGAGGAUACCACGCUGAGAUAGACGGCGCCGAUCAGAGGCUGACAGAGAAAAUGGAGCGUCUCUCGCUGGCGGACAGAGAUCUGGUUCAGAAGGCGGACGAUCAUGCUGCUGAGCUGGAAACACAAGCCAAUGAGUUGGAGGAGGAUCUGAAAGAAAGCGAUGCCAAUGGCUUCGUUCAGAGAGCGAUAAGCGCCGCCAAUGUUUACAACAACAUAGUGAAAUAUAUCGAUGAUGCCAACAUCACUUCACUCACUACGCUCAACUCUUCUCAGAGAGCAGAAGAUGCCAUCGGUGGGAUUAAAACCCAGCUUGAUUACCUGGUGACACAGAGUGAAAAUACGUUCCUGAAAUCUGUUUCAUUACGAUCUGAACAGCAUGAUGUGCUGACCCAAGUGGCCGACGGUGUGGCAUACAUCGAGGAAACCCGGCUUGCUAAUAAGAACAUUCAGGAAAAACUGGAAGAGGUGGCGAAAGACAUCAGGGUUAUUCAGAAGGACAGAACCCCCCAGCGCCUGAACUUCUCCUUGGAGGUGGCAGAGGAGACUCUCAUCCGCUCCACAGAAGUCCUGAAGACCAUCACUCCCAUCAGCGAACGAGUGCAGCAGUGGUCUCAAAACAUGAGAAACAGCGAGUACUCUACAGCUGCAUAUGAAAAGGCCGUUUUGUCUGCUGGAGAAGCAGUGGAGAACCUGAACGUGCUCGUCCCUGAGUUGCUGGACAAGCUGAAGGUGGUUGAAGAGAAGAAGCCUGUCAACAACGUGACCACUAACAUCAUGAGGAUCAGAGAACUCAUUGCACAAGCCAGGAGCGUGGCCAAGAAAGUUCAGGUUUCUGUGAAGUUUAAUGGACAGUCUUCAGUGGAGGUUCAGCCACCCAGCAACCUGGAGGAGCUGAAGACGUCGACAUCCAUCAGCCUGUUCAUGAGGGUGGACCCAGACAAAGACCCCAUAGAGGACCGCUUCAUCCUCUAUCUGGGGGACAGGAAUGGCAAGAAGGACUACAUGGGCCUGGCCAUCAAGAACGACAAGCUGGUGUUUGUCUACAACCUGGGACGUGACGACGUUGAAAUCCCGCUGUCCUCCAAGCCUGUCAGUCAGUGGCCGGCGGUCUUUAACUAUAUCAAAAUAGAAAGGCUGGGACGACAUGGAAAAAUCUACCUGACUAUUCCCAGUCAGGGAUCCACAGAUGAGCAGAAAUUCAUCCAGAAAGGCAACGCUCCCAUCACCGACUCCCUGUUCGACAUCGACCCCAAGAAUGUGGCGUUCUUCAUCGGAGGUGCCCCCCCAGACGUCAAGCUGCCUCCUCCUCUGACUCUCGCUCCUUUCGUGGGCUGCAUCGAGCUGGCUUCUAUCAACAACGAUGUCAUCAGCCUGUACAACUUUAAAGAGACUCACCUAAAAAAUGUCUCACCUCCUUGUCCCAGGUACAAGCUGGCCUUCUCCCAGAGUCGCAUCGCCAGCUACCUGUUUGACGGAACGGGCUAUGCACUCAUCAGCAACAUCGAGAGAAGAGCGAAGUUUGGUCCCGUCAUACGCUUUGAUAUUUCUGUGCGAACAGUCACAGACAACUGUGCCAUUUUCCUCAUGGUCAGCGGGGAAAACUUUUUCCUCUUAGAAAUAAAGAAUGGUUUCCCGCGCCUAACCUACGACUUUGGCUUCAGCGAUGGACCAAAGCUUCUGGACACCAAUUUACCGAAAUUUCAAAUAAAUGAUGCAAAAUAUCAUGAGGUGUCAGUGAUCUACCAUCAGCUAAAGAAAGUUAUCCUGCUAGUGGACAAGGCUUUAGUUAAAACUGUGGAGAAUCCCAGAACCCCGCUGCCUUUCUCAGAGAUCUACAUCGGGGGUGCCCCCUCCAGCUUGCUAAAAUCCAGGGCGGAGCUGUCUGCUGUGGUUGGCCUGAAAGGCUGCGUCAAAGGAUUCAUGUUCCAGAAAAGAGAUUUUAACCUGUUGGAAGAGCCUGGAACCAUUGGUAUUAGCAGCGGUUGCCCAGAGGAGUCUGUUGUAAGCACACAACUCACACACCUACAUGAGCACAUAUAUUUUAAUUUUAUGCAACCAGAGGAGUUCAGCAUCGCCCUGGAGAAUGGAGCAGUAGUACUGAACAACCGAGGAGUGAAGGUCAAAUUACAGAAGAAGCAAUACAAUGAUGGGAGGACUCACUUCUUACUGGCCUCAGUGAACAAGGAGAGGUAUUCACUGUUGCUGGAUGACAAAGACAAGCAGGAGAAAAAGCGUCCGGCGUCUGCCAUGAAGUCCUCCUCAGAUUCUCCCGUAAAGACCUUCUACUACGGCGGGUCUCCAAGCAGCAGCCUGAGGAACUUCACCGGCUGCAUCAGCCAUGCGUACAUCAACAGACAAGACCGAGACAUUGAGGCGGAGGACUUCCAGAAGUACACAGAGAAGGUGAACGUUUCUCUGCAGGACUGUCCGGCACAGCAGCCUCCUGCUGCGCUGAUGUCACCACACCGUGCAACGUCUAAAGCCAAACAGAGCCAGAAGGUUGCCAGAGAUAAGUCCAGUCAUCUUCUGGAGCCGACCAGCUCUGAUCAAAAGUCACCAGAGCCCAGCAUCCAGUCUUGCUACCUCUCCCCAAGUCCUAGAUCAACACACCAGGCCUUCAGCUAUGGCGGAGUUGCCAACAGCAGGCAGCACUACGCAGGUGUCCCUGCUUCUCUUCCUGAGAGGUGCCACUUGUCCCUGUCCCUAAAGAUCCAAUCUGCCUCAGGCCUCAUCUUCUAUGUAUCCGAUGAGCAAGAGGACAACUUCAUGGCUCUUUUCCUGGUGGAGGGAAAGCUUGUGUUUAGUUUCAAUGUAGGAGACCAGAAGGUUCAAAUUCGGACAGAGAAGAGAUACGACGAUGGCGUCUGGCACAGUGUUGCUUGCAUCCGGGAUGGGAAGACGGGGCGGCUAGUGAUGGACAGACACACGGUGUUUGAAGACAGAGCUCAGGCAGACAAUGUUGUCUGGAAAGUCAGUGACUUCCUCUUUGUUGGAGGAGUUCCUCCUGGGAGAGCACAAAGGAACAUUAAGAGGAACUCUGCACACAGCUUUACCGGCUGCAUGAAGAACCUUCAGCUGGAUGGACGACACCUGUCCUCUGCAGCUGAGACUUUUGGGGUCAGCCCGUGCUUUGAAGGACUAAAGGAAGACGGAACGUACUUUUCAGAGGAGGGAGGAUAUGUGGUUAUGGAUGAAUCCUUCGAGCUGGGCCUGAGGUUCGAGUUAGUGAUGGAAGUGCGACCGCGUGUGGCGUCAGCCGUGCUACUUCACGUGCGGGUUGCAGAGGGUUAUUUCAUCAUGUACAUUCAUCAAGGAGCGGUGGUCGUUGUUGUCAACGACGGCACACAUGAGUUCUCUACUAAAGUAUCACCAAGGCAGGGCGUGUGUGACGGCACCUGGCACAGUAUCACAGUGAUCCGGGAUGCCAAUGUGCUUCAGCUGGAUGUGGACUCUGAGAUCCAACACGUCGUAGGACCCGUAAACCCCCGUUCUGCAGACACAAAGAGGCCCGUAUUUAUUGGAGGAGCUCCAGAUCUCUUCCUCCCAGAAAGCGUGGCCACCAGGAGGCCCUAUGUGGGCUGCAUGAAGAACCUGACCAUCAACAAGAACCCAGUGAGCUUCAGCAAGGCGGUUCUGGUCAGCGGCGCUGUCGGCGUUGGAAGCUGUCCUGCAGCAUAACGCUGUUUGUCAUCAGUAGCCCCAUCACAGCACUGACCAAACUCAUUAAAUACACCCAAUAAGAUUGUGUUCAUUCAGUCCAACAUUCUUUGUCCAACAAAAUGACCAAAACCUUUCAAAUCUGAUAAGUGGAAAAAUUUCAAAAUGAUUUAUCCUGUGGAAAUAAUUUAAAAUGCAGACGUUAUAACCUUCAUCAGCUCAGAACAAAAUACACACAGACUUUAUUUCAUUGUAAGUUUCAG